AUGUUCGACAGUACCCGUUCAGAUACCCUGUUCCUUGGAGCUCAAAAGGUCAGCGGAGACGAUGUUCGUCAGCAAAACGUGCUAGCAACCCAAGCGGUAGCAAAUGUAGUGAAAUCCAGUUUAGGCCCAGUUGGAUUGGACAAGAUGUUAGUCGACGACAUUGGAGACGUGGUUGUCACGAACGACGGUGCCACUAUUUUAAAUUUACUGGACGUGAAGCAUCCAGCUGGCCAGAUCCUUGUAGACCUUGCCCAACAACAAGAUAGAGAAGUUGGUGAUGGGACCACAAGUGUGGUGAUCAUCGCAAGCGAACUUCUUAAAAGAGCCAACGAGCUGGUCAAAAACAAGAUACACCCAACGACUAUAAUCACAGGAUACAGAUUGGCCCUCAAGGAAACUAUUCGGUACAUAAAUGAAGUUUUGAGUCAAUCAAUUGAUUCGUUCUCCAAGGAGAUAUUGAUCAACAUAGCCAGCACUUCAAUGAGCAGUAAGAUCAUUGGAUCUGAUUCCGCUUUCUUCAGUGAGAUGGUGGUCGACGCCAUGUUGGCCGUAAAGACCACUAACAACAAAGGUGAGACUAAAUACCCCAUCAAGGCUGUUAACAUUUUGAAAUCUCAUGGUAAGUCUUCCACCGAGUCAAUGUUGAUCAACGGUUACGCUUUGAAUUGUACCGUAGCGUCGCAGGCGAUGGUGAAAUAUGUUAAGGACGCCAAGAUUGCUUGUAUUGAUAUCAACUUGCAAAAAGCCCGUAUGGCUAUGGGUGUUCAGAUAAACAUUGAUGAUCCUGAUCAAUUGGAAGAGAUUAGAAAAAGAGAGUAUGGAAUUAUCAUGGAGAGAAUUGACAAGAUUAUCGAAGCAGGUGCUAAUGUCGUGUUGACCACCAAGGGAAUUGAUGAUUUGUGCUUAAAGAAGUUUGUUGAAAGUGGCGUCAUGGCCGUUAGAAGAUGUAAGAAAGAAGACCUGAGAAGAAUAAGCAGAGCAACGGGUGCUACCUUCAUUUCGAGUAUGUCUGAUCUUGAAGGUGAGGAGACUUUUGACUCUUCCUACCUAGGAAAUGCAAGCGAAGUCGUUCAAGAGCGUAUCUCUGAUGACGAGUGCAUCUUAGUGAAGGGAACAAAGACCCAUUCUGCUGCUUCUAUCAUUCUUCGUGGUCCAAACGAAUACACAUUGGAUGAGAUGGAAAGAUCCAUUCACGACUCCCUGUCGGUUGUCAAGAGAACUUUAGAAUCCGGUAAUGUUGUUCCAGGAGGAGGAGCCGUGGAGACUGCGUUGAAUAUCUAUUUGGAGAACUUUGCCACUACUGUAGGCUCAAGAGAGCAAUUGGCCAUUGCAGAGUUCGCAAAUGCCUUAUUAGUGAUUCCCAAGACUCUGGCUGUUAAUGCAGCCAAAGACUCCUCAGACCUUGUACCCAAGUUAAGAUCGUAUCACGCUGCAUCCCAGCAAGCGCUACCAACGGAGUUAAAGAAGAAAAACUACAAAAACUAUGGUUUGGAUUUAAUCAAAGGAAAAGUUACCGAUCAGGUUCUUCACGGAGUACUGGAGCCCACCGUGUCCAAAGUGAAAUCUUUGAAAUCCGCUUUGGAGGCUUGUGUGGCUAUCUUAAGAAUUGAUACCAUGAUCACUGUGGAUCCUGAACCUGCUAAGGAGGAUCCUCAUGGCCACGAUCACUAG